GACUUCAGUCAAGUUCUAGCUUCCAACGCACAAGCAUGUUCGUGCUAACUGUGCUGCUCAUAGCAGCUUUAGCGGAGGGAGGUAUAGUGAGAAAAGACAAAUGUGACGAACCCCUCGGUAUGGAGAACGGACGAAUAACCAAUGCUCAACUAAGUGCAAGUUCUUCGUAUGAGAUAAAUUCCGUGGGCCCCCUCCAGGCCAGGUUAAAUAAUAACAACGGAGGAGGGGCAUGGUGUCCCAAGUCCUUUAUCUCGGAGACGUCCGGAGUAGAUGAGUUUCUUGAGAUAGAUCUAGGAGAAGAGCACUCCGUUACCGGAGUUGUUACUCAGGGUAGGUUUGCAAACGGGCUCGGGCAGGAGUUUGCGGAAUUUUUCUUGGUUCAAUUCUGGAAACCUGGAAUGGAAGAUUUCUCCGAUUAUAAGGAUAGCUCUGGAGUUGAACUGUUUACUGGGAACCGAGACACCUAUACAGAAGUUGAGACAAGGUUUGAACCUGCUCUAGUUGCAUCCAGGGUUCGGAUUAUUCCAUUCAGUUAUCAUCCCCGAACCGUGUGUAUGAGAGUUGAGCUGAAAGGCUGCAAAUCCCUAAAACCAGGGAUAGUACGACCCACAACCUCCAUCCCUUAUCCUCCCCUGGAGGAGAGAAACGAUGAGACGGAGUUCUACGAGAUCGUCACCGAACCCGAAGUGAAGAAGACAGAGAACGUGGUCAAGAAGAACCGGGAGCACAUGGUAGAGGUUGAUCUUCAUCCUGAGAUUCCUGAUCAUAAGAUAGUUGUUCUUGAGCCCUGGUGGGAGACGGAGUAUAUGGGGAUUGCUGUUGGAAUCCUUGUAACCGUUAUUUUUAUUCUAAUCUCUAUUAUCGUGUUCAUCCUUUACAAGAACUACAAGAACCAUACAUACUCUGAUAAUUCUCAAUAUUACACAACCCAGAUCCCUAAGUUUGACCAGACUGAGUCCCAGUGGCCUGACCGGAAGCUGACAAUAGGCCGAAAGUUGCCUCCUACUCCAACAACUAGCGAGGAACUGUACACGGACUCCUCUGCAGAGUACAGUAGUCCUCUUCUUACUAGUAACUGCAGGCAGCAGAUAUACUCGCAAACCAAACCUCAUCCUAACGUCAACUGGGAGAGUUUCUUUCCUUCUCCUCCCCCUGGAGCCCCACCUCGUCUCCAUGGUUCGAUGAGACCUGGAUACAUGGCUCCUGUAAACCACUACGCUGCUACAGAUGUAAUAAACCCCGGAGCUAAGAUUUACGGAAAGAAUGGGGGAGCUACCUACUUCUUGUAAACAUAUCUUAUCAGUGUAUAGUUGUUAAGACAAUGUCGGCUGUGAUACUUUAAAUUAAACAAAUAUCCUAAAUCUUUCAUCUGAGGAAUUAGCUCUGUAAUAAAAUUGUCAAAAAUCUCCCAUCGAAGAUAAGAAAAUGAGGGAUAAAUAUAAAUUUAUCAAAUCUAUUAAACGACUCAAUAGUUUAUACUCAAGAAUUAUCAUAUCAGCAUCCACGACUUGAAGAAAAAUCGGAUACGGGCUCCAUAUCAUAUGACUUAUGUUAAAAACUCCUUGAAAGGGCAUAUUUAGUUAUAAGUUAUAUACAUGUAUUUAAAAAAGGGCCUAAAUAUUGUCCCAUCUGAAGAAUCAAAGAUUGAGGCCUGAACUCGGAAAAUGCGCAACUAAAUGUUAUUACUUCUAUUGUACAAGUGAAAAACACAAAUGUAAUUGUAUUAAUGUAGCCUAGCAACCCCCAUUAUAUUAGAUUAUGUGUCAAACCUUGCUUAAAAACGGACCCCCACGAUACCUUGAUAAAUAAACUAAACUAUUAA